ACAACAGGAAAAAACCCCAACAAACAUUUAAGCUAUGUCGCGGAAACAACUAGGGAGGGAAGGCUAUAUUUAAGAGUCUCUGGGGAAGGUGGCGGGGGUGUGUAGAAAUGAAAAGUAGCACAAUGAAUUACGAAAUGUUUUUAUUGUGAGGCCUAGUGUGAAGAGGCUUUAAGACGAGGAUAUGGGCAAAAGCAGCAAUAAAUCUAUUGAAAUUUUAAAAAAGCAAGAACAGAGACACGAUUUCAGAUCUUGGUCUUCGCCCGACAAAUUACAAUCAAUAAUGGAUCCAUCAAUAAUAAUAGAAAACGAAAGUAGGAGAAAGAGAGCCGCAAGUGUCACGUGAUCUAGUGUCAUGUGAUACGAGUUUACCAUGGAGGACAAAGCGAUGUUGUUAUUGUUGCAGCUCUCAGAUAGCGCUUUUCCUGUUGGUGGAUUCUCGCACAGUUGUGGACUGGAAGCAUUGUUACAAAGCAAUGGCAAGCAAAGGACAGAUAAAAAUUUUCUACAGUCAGCUUUUGUAAGUGCACUGGAAAAUGCAGGAUCUUUUGGAGUGCCAUUUGUGCAAGGAGCGUAUCAAGCAGGAUUGGUUACCCAAGAUUUAAAGAGCCUCGAUAGACUAUGCCAGGCAUCCAGCCCAAACCACAUUGCCUGUCGAGCUAGCACUCGUCAAGGACAGUCAUUCCGUGAGGUAUGCAGCUUUGUGUGCACUGACCUUGAUCCUGGCGUCACAUCAGCCUUGUCGGAGCUACCGCAUUGCCACGUCCCAGUUGUGCACGGUGCUUUGUUCUCCGCCCUUGGCUUUGACCUUGACACAACGUUGACAGCGUUCCUGUUUGGCGUUGUGAGAAAUGUUGUUGCUGCUGCUGUACGGCUGGAUGCUGUUGGUCCCAUGGAGGCUCAAAGAAUGCAGAAAAAGCUCCAAGAUAUGAUUCCUGAUGUUAUCCUCAGGAAUAAAUGGCGCAGUGCUGAUGAUGCUUCAGUCACUUUUCCCGUGCUGGACAUUCUGCAGAAUACGCAAGACACUUUGUUCUGCAAGCUCUUUUACUCUUAACUCUUCCAAGUGGUGUUGCCUCGAGAUGUUCCCUUAUAUCUCCUUAUUGACAACAGUGUACGUACAGGCAGGAUAUGAGUUUAAUCCUUUGCUGAGAGGUUUCUUUUGACUCUGGAAUGAUGCAUUUUACGCUGAUGUUUGCCAUAUUGUGUUCCACACUUAUUUAUUUUCGUGACAAAUUUUACAGUUAGUUGGCAGAUUCCUUUUUAAAAUGUAAAAAUCUGUCAGUUGUGAAUCAUGUGUUUAUUCUUCUUUUUUUUAUCAUACCUUAUGAUAUCUCAAUGAUGUCAUCUGUGUUUUUGCACAAAUGUUUUGUUUUCUCUUUUCGUUCUGUUCAACAGGUAUCAGUGCUGUGAAGGGCAGAGAAAAUGAAUUUUCCCAACAUAAUAAUGAUGUUUUCUUCCAUACGUGUUGUUGGUAUGUUGAUGUGUUAUUUCCUAACCGGUUACAGACAAAAUUGUCAGGGAACAUUUUGUAUACAUAGGUGUCAGUUUUUCUGACUUUCUGAUAAUUGAGAACUUUUGUGUCUACGUUUAUGUUUUUGUAUUAGUGUGUGCGUGUGUGUGCGCAUGCGCGCAUGUGAGUGUGUUUGUGUGUGUGUGUGCGUGCGUGUGUCAAACAUUUGCCUAUUUUAAUUGAAGCUUUGAUAGAUGGAACAUUUUUAUUAAGUUUUUACCAGCUGUGGGGUAUUUUUUAUGAUUUGCAUACUACCAUUUAUCUGUAGAAUUUUAAACAAAUGUUUGGGAUAGGAUUUUUAAUGAGUCUUGCAGAAUUUUUUUCUAUUGUUGAUUUGAAAAAUAUAAAGUUUUCUUCUUGCCUUUUAAUGCAAGUCCUAUGUUUGUUCUGGUACCAGUCAUGUGAUAUUGUUUCUCAAAAAGCCUCUGCUUGCUAGCCUCUAGAGUUAAUAUUUAAAGAUUUGAAUUUCUUUUCUCUCAAAGGAAUUCCCCAAUUUUUCAGUAGCUGUUAUUGGUGUGGGAUCAAGAAUGCAUUAUCUUAUGUA